UUGUGUCAGGUGGAGACAUGCAUCUGUGGUGUUGGGGAGACAGCUCCGAGGGACAGUUCGGUCCUCAGGCCGCCCUCAGCCCGGUGACCUGGUCCGUCCCCGGGACCAUCACCGACGUCUGCUGCGGGGACCGACACACGCUGCUGCUCAACGCGGACGGAGACGUUUUUUCCUGCGGACACAACGCACAGGGACAACUGGGGAGAAAGAAGGGCAAAGAUGGAAAGAUUUUAGGUCGUGUGGAGGGGCUGGGUGAUGUGGUGGCCAUGGCUUGUGGUCAGGACCACAGUCUGGCUCUGUGUGCAUCUGGACACGUGUUUUCCUGGGGGGAAAGAGAGGAUGGACAGCUGGGAGAGUCACCAGCGUUGAUGUGCACCAGUCAUAGACCAAGUCGGGUGCCUAUACCAAUGCCCAUACAGAUAGUACAAGUCGCUUGUGGAAACUCCCACUCCCUGGCACUGACUAAAGGAGGAGACGUGUUCUCCUGGGGUCUGAACAGUCAUGGUCAGCUGGGCCAUGGGAAGGAGGUAGCUCUGCAGUACACACCGGUCCUGGUUUGUGCUCUGACCGGGGUGGCAGUGACCCAGAUUUCAGCCGGAGCGACCCACACUCUGUUCCUCACGCUCCCGGGCCUGGUGUACUGCUGUGGGGCCAAUAAAUUCGGCCAGCUGGGGCUCAACAGGGUGGAUGAGAAAGGCAGGUUCAACAUCUGCAUGGUUCCUGCCCUCAGACCUCUGGGUGUCUCCUUCAUAAGCUGUGGAGAGUCACAUUCUGCUGUGUUAACAAAGGAUGGUAAAGUUUUCACUUUUGGAGAGGGAAGCCAAGGUCAGCUCGGUCACAACUCCACUGCCAAUGAAGUGAGACCCAGGCUGGUUGAAGGUCUGGAUGGACCUGCAUCCCAGAUUGCUUGUGGCAGGCGUCACACUCUGGUUUUGGGCUCCUCUGGCCAGCUCUGGGCUUUUGGCAAUGGGGUCAAAGGUCAGAUAGGAACUGGAAAGUCAGAGAGCAGCCUGACUCCGACUCUGGUUCAGCUUCCAUGGACCACUGACAGUGCAGUAGUUAUACCCAACGAUUUGAAAAUAUCAGCUGGGUGGAAUACAAACUUCAUGUACUCUUCACCUGCAAAGAACUCAGAUCAUGGAAAGAUAACUGGGCGCCUCGAUGAGACAAAGCUGCAGAAAUGGCUGAAAGCGAUGCAUGGAAACGUGGAAGUGAGGAGAGAAAUUGCAUCAAUGUUUCUGACCAGUUCAAGUCUUGUUGCAAGUUUCACAAAAGCCAAUGAGCGUCCACUGGAAGCAGGUGCCAUAACUGUGGACCUUGAGGCUUCUUGCCGAGCCUUUGACCAGCUGUUGGCAGUACCAUGGAUCAAACAAUCAGUAAACAUGAAGCUCCUGGUCGAGUUGCUUGACUUAUCAACAGCUUUCUUAAAAUCUCCAGAGAUCUUCCCGAUUCUGCUGUCAUGCCCCCUUUUGCAAGAGGAGUCUUAUGUCAUGAACGUGUCUUUAACUCUGGCAGUCAUCAUUGUGGAGCUCAAUGACAAGACUCUGGCAACCCUAAGAAGCUGGUGGUCGUCGCUGCCUGCGUCCAUACUGAAGAGGCACAUCAUGGUCUUUAGGAACGCUCUGGCCUUCAUGCUGAAGAACGGGCUCUUACAAACUCACAACCCAGGAGUCAGAUACCUACUGGAAGUCCUCAAGCUGCUCUACAAAGCAAACAAAGUCGGAAAGUCCUACAAAGUCCCACUGAGCACCUUUUACGUCGAGGAAAUCAUCGGCAAUGUGCAGCCAUACUUAGACGUCACUUUGUGGAGGCAGCUUUCCAAAGUGGAGGAUCAUCAGCACACUCCCGCUAUCUUCUGCCGCUACCCAUUCGUUUUCACGCUGGUCUGCAAGGUGGCAGUGUUCAACAUCAAUGCAUUCUUUAUGAAGAAAGUGCAUCAAUUCAUUCAUAACCUGGCUUUGUUGUGGCCCGAUGAAUCGUUGGGUGAUCUCGUGGACUCGGCCCCCGCCCCGGUCUUCCAGCUCUCUCUGAGACGAUCCCACCUCAUCGAGGACUCCUUCAGACAGCUCAGUGCAGCCGACCACUGCGCUUUCCAAAGGGAGCUUCUGGUGCAGUUUGUGGAUGACAGGAAGCUGACGAAUGUCAGCAAAAAGGACUUCUUCCUCCACAUGUUUGAUGAGCUGCUCGCUCCUGAAUCUGGGCUAUUCAUGUACAACGAGAGCAACACUCUGGCCUGGUUCCCUCCCAAACUGAAAGUGGAGGAGAAGACUUACUUCCUGUUUGGAGUUCUGUGUGGCAUGGCUCUUUACAACCACAACGUCAUCCACCUGCGUUUUCCACAAGCUCUCUUCAAGAAGCUGCUCAGAGUGAAACCUUCGCUGGAAGACAUGAAGGAGUUUGAACCCGUACUGGCCGAGUCUUGGAGGUGCAUGUUGGAGGACUACACUCCUGAUGUAGUCGACGCUCUGGUGGCUACUUUCACUGUGUCCUGGGGAGGUGAGAAAGUUGAGCUUGACCCAAACGAACCUGGAAAACUUGUCACAGAGUCCAACAAGUAUGUGUAAACAGAGCAGCCCAGAUUUAAUCAGUCUCACAACCUUUUAAGAUAUGCAGCGUCACAUUCCUGUCUAGCUAUAGUUCUGA